AUGAUGUCUUCACUUGGGACGACGUCGUUACGAUAUCCAAACCGGUUCAGAUCUCAGGGGCUACUCGGAAAACAUCAAAAUCUGCAAUCGCGCUUUCCUUGGACGAGAGCUGUGGGAGAUGUAAUCAAAAGCUUAGGGGAAGAACAUGGUCCAGUGCCUCGACAUGGAGGUUCUGUGAAAGGGCUUGAUAAUGAGGCUUAUGGAGUGCACAUGAAUGGCGCUGGUGGACUGUGGCCUACUUUAAGCAUAACAAAUGCAAUUGGCAGGGAUGUUUUGUUUUGCUAUGAUUUAAAACUUCCUGAGAGUUUCACGCCUAAGAAUCAAGAUGGAGAGGUGGAGAGCUCCAAUGUUAAAGCUCCUCAGGCGCUCUGUAUCCACCUCACCAGAGAGUUGGCCAUUCAGAAUAUGGAGGUCCUUCAGAAGAUGGGGAAGUACACGGGGAUAAAUGCAGAGUGUGUUGUCCCGACGGAGAGGACGAGUUCUACAUCCAUUCAAUCUCGAGCACCAGUAUCAGCACAAAUUGUGAUUGGAACCCAUGGUACAAUUAAGAAAUGGAUGUCUAUCAAGAAGCGGGGCGUUACUCGUCUCUCUCUCUCUCUUUUUAAUAAAUAG